AUGGCUGAACUGGAGGAACUAAGGAAGACAGAGAGGUACACAGACAAGACCUUCUGGGCCACAUCAGAGCAGUCUCACUCCCAGUCUGACAGCCACUGUGCUACUGAAGAGGAUGGAAGUCUUCGGGAAGGAGAACAUCAAGAUAGAGCACGGGGAAAUGAUCCCACAGUUGGGACCAUCCCCUCAGAUAAUGUUAUGAAACGCUUCAUCUUCCCAGGUCCAGGUAUCCAGUUAGUUUGGUUCUCACACAAAAGAAUGUGGCUUGAGCUGAUCAUUCUUUUAAAGUUUGUGCUGUUAAGUCUGCUGCAUGCAGAGGAUGACUGUGAUAGUGGCUCCUGUCAUCCAGCCAUUGGAGAUCUUCUGGUGGGUCGCAGUGAACAACUAACAGCCUCAUCAGUUUGUGGACUGGCUGGCCCUCAGAAGUACUGCAUUAUAAGCUACCUUGAGGCUGAAGAGAAAUGCUUCCUUUGUGAUUCCAGAUACCUAUAUAAUCCCUAUACCCAUCCCAACAGUCACCCAACUGAAAAUGUUAUCACAACUUUUGAGCCAGACAGAAAAAAGUGGUGGCAGUCAGAAAAUGGCAUUGACCAUGUUAGCAUUAGACUGGACCUAGAAACCUUAUUCAAGUUCAGCCAACUUAUAUUGACUUUUAAGACAUUUCAGAGUGCAGCAAUGUUGGUUGAGCGCUCCACAGACUAUGGUCACACCUGGAAGAUAUUUAGAUAUUUUGCACAAAACUGUGCUGAAUCUUUCCCCAACAUCCCUUCUGGUCCAGCAAAAGGAGUGGGAGCUAUUGUUUGUGAUCCAAGAUAUUCAGAUAUUGAGCCAUCCACUGAAGGCCAGGUUGUCUUAAAAGCUUUGGAUCCCAGCUUUGAAAUAGAAAAUCCUUAUAUCCGAUCUAUCCAGGAGCUCACCACCUUAACAAACUUGAGAAUAAAUUUCACGAAACUCCACACUCUUGGGGAUACACUAUUUGGAAGAAGGCAAAGUGAUCUCUUUGAAAAAUAUUAUUAUGCAGUUUAUGAAAUGGUUGUCCGUGGAAGUUGUUUUUGUAAUGGUCAUGCCAGCCAAUGCAGUCCAGUGCAAAAACUGCGGGGUGAUGUUUUCUAUCAGCCUGGAAUGGUUCAUGGCAGAUGCUGUCAACACAACACUGCUGGCAUGUCCUGUGAAAGGUGCAAAGAAUUCUACAAUGAUGCUCCCUGGAGGCCAGCUGAAGGAUCGCAGGAUAAUGCUUGCAAAGUGUGUAAAUGCAAUGGCCAUUCAGACCGAUGCCAUUUUAACAUGGCCGUGUACGUAGCUAAUGAUCACAUCAGUGGUGGCAUAUGUGAAGACUGUCAGCACCAUACCAUGGGGCAGCACUGUGAUCAGUGCAAGCCUUUCUUUUACCGGGAUCCUCUCAGAGCAAUUUCAGACCCUUACGCCUGCAUCCCCUGUGAUUGUGACCCAGAAGGUACAUUAUACAGUGGGUUGUGUGAAAGCCGUACAGACCCUAUUCUUGGAACUAUUGCUGGUCGGUGCCUUUGCAAGGAAAACAUUGAGGGAGUCCGUUGUGACAUGUGCAGGCCGAGCUACUAUGGACUGAGUGGCAGUGAUCCUCUUGGCUGCCAACCCUGCACCUGCAACCCUUCUGGGAGGAGCUUGUCUUUCUCGAUGUGUGAUCCAGUGACUGGAGAGUGCCUCUGCCAGCAUUUUGUCACAGGGCCACAUUGUGAUGAAUGCCUUGUAGGAUACUGGGGGCUUGGGAAUAAUUUAGAUGGCUGUUCUCCGUGUGGCUGUGACAUUGGUGGAGCCCACAAUAACUUGUGUUCAUCAAGUGGUGGGCAGUGUGAAUGUCUUCCUAACAUUGUGGGCCAUCGGUGUACAGAACCAGCCCCAGGCUACUUCUUUUUACCAUUGGAUUAUUAUAUCUAUGAAGCAGAGCAUACAAAGCCACUUUCCAGAUCUGCACCUUUAGGUGGGGUUCAGUCUGAGAGGAACUCUGCUCUGGAUAUUGUUUUCAGGGAGCCCACCCCUGGCAAACCUGUCACAUGGACAGGUCCUGGCUUUGCCCGUGUCCUGAAUGGCGCUGGGUUAAGAUUUACUAUCAGCAACAUUCCCUUUGCAAUGGACUUUGAUAUCGCUCUUCGUUAUGAACCUGAGUCUUUAGAAGACUGGAUAGGAAGUAUUGCAGUCAACCCCUCUGGAGCUUUGACAAGUGAUCGCUGCAGAAACAAGGCACUUCUGCAAGAGCCACACACAUUGGCUCUGCCAGCCACAAAGAGAAUUGCACUUCUGCAUACUCCUGUCUGCUUAGACCCAGGAGUAGAGUAUUUUGUAGAUGUUUAUUUAUCACAGCCUUCUGCCUCUGAUCCAAAGACUAUAUCAUACAUCUUGAUUGAUUCACUUGGACUUAUUCCCAGAAUCAGUUCAGUGAAGAACCUGUGCAGUCAAAAAGAUCUAGAUGAGUACCAGCAGUAUCACUGCGUCGAAAUUGCUUCAGAAGUUGGACCUCAUAUUCUACCUGAAGUGUGUGCAAGGCUCAUAGUGAGCAUGUCAGCUCGGAUUCACAAUGGAGCAGUUCCAUGCAAGUGCCAUCCAGAAGGGUCCCUGAGCUCCAGCUGCAGUCAACUUGGAGGCCAGUGUCAAUGUAAACCUAACGUUGCAGGCCGCUGUUGUGACAGAUGUUCUGCAGAAAGUUUUGGUUUUGGUUUCCAUGGAUGUUACUCAUGUGAGUGCCAUCCUCAAGGCUCAGUGAGCACUUUGUGUGAUCAGCUGACAGGAUAGUGUUCAUGCCGCCGAGAGGUUGAUGGUCGAUGCUGCAAUCAGUGCCUGCCUGGGUAUUUUGGGUUUCCCACCUUUCGCCCGUGUCCAUGUAAUGGCUACGCAGAGCUUUGUGACCCAGUGACUGGUGCAUGCCUUAGCUGCAGCGGGUUUACAACUGGAAGUAGGUGUGAAAGGUGUGUCAAUGGUUAUUAUGGAAAUCCUCUCACAAGAGACCCUUGUCGCCCAUGUAUGUGUCCAGAGUCACCUGCAAGCAGUAGAUAUUUUGCAGAUUCCUGUUCCCAAGAUCCUCACACUUUGCAAUUAGUCUGCAAUUGUCUUGAGGGCUACUCAGGCAAUCAGUGUGAUGAGUGCCUCAGUGGGUUCUAUGGGAAUCCAGGAAGACCAGGGGCUCAGUGUUUGCCAUGUUCCUGCAAUAAUAAUAUUGAUGUGACAGAUCCAGAAUCCUGUAACAAGGUUACAGGAGAAUGCUUAAAAUGUUUAUACAACACACAUGGACCAAACUGCCAGUUCUGCAAACCAGGUAACUUUGGGUCAGCACUUCUUCAGAACUGCAGAAGGUGUACUUGCAAUUUUUCAGGUGUGAACCCAGCAAUAUGUCCACCUGGAAAUGGAGUUUGCCGGUGCGAACGAAUGACUGAAGUAUGCCCCUGUUUACCUAGUGUAAUAGGUUCUACCUGUGACCAGUGUGCUUCUGGCUACUGGAACAUGUCUCAUGGAAUAGGAUGUCAGUUCUGUGACUGUAACCCAAGAAACUCUCAAAGUAACCAGUGCAAUCAGUUCACAGGCCAAUGUUCAUUCAAACUAGGCUACAAUGGAAGACAUUGUGAUGAAUGUGAGGAAAAUUACUUUGGUGAUCCACGGAUCCAUUGUACUUCAUGUACAUGUAACGAGGAAGGAACUCGCAAACCCGAGUGUGACAAAGACACUGGAGCUUGCAACUGCCGCAUUGGUGUCACUGGAAAGCUCUGUGAUCGGUGUGGUCGAGGCUUCAAACAAGAAUUUCCCACAUGCUCUCAGUGUCACCUGUGUUUUGAUCAGUGGGAUAAUGAAAUUACUACCCUAUCUCAAACUGUUCAGGGGUUAAUGAGCUUUGCUGAAAAUCUAGAAGAUAAAAGAGGUACAAGGCCUGGCUGUGAUAUGCCUUUCAAAGGCUUAGAAGAUAAGAUUUCUGAAAUAGAUAGAAUUUUUAAAACGCCUGUUCUUUCACUAGAGACAUUCUUAAAGAUCAAGGAUUUUCACGGCUACAUUCGACAAAAAGUUGCACAAAUGGACCUACAUCUCAAUAAAAUGGAUGAAUUUCCCAACCUGAAUGGGAUCAUAGACGACAUUAAGAAAGAAGCUGACCAGCUGUACGAAAACCAAAUACAUCUAUAUCACAAUUUGAAUAAUUUGAGCCACAAAGAUUCCUUCAGCAACAUUAGGAAGUAUUACCAAAUGUCAUUAUCUGCUGAACAGAAAAUCAGUGGAGCAGUCCCCAUCAUAAGAUACUCAGAAAACACCAGGAAUGGCAUAUUUGCCAUGUUAGGCAAUCGAACCGCAAAAGAAAACUAUACCUUGGAGCAGCUCAGGAUGUUCGAGACUCCAGAUAUCCAAAAACUGAAUAAAAAGAAUCAUGAAAAGCUCAUCACGUGUUGCUUCUUGCCAUUAAUGUGCUUUUAUUGCAGAGUUGUGGGCUCUCAGGAAACCUGUCGUGUUAUGACACGUUGUGGGGGAGCUUUAUGUCGAAAUAGCAAUGGAAAUGAACAAUGUGGUGGCCCAAACUGUAAUGGAACUCUUCCUCUUUCUACAAACACAGUCAAGAAAGCUGAAGAGACAGACAUGUUGUUAAAUAAUUUGACUAGACAACUACAAGAGUCUGAAAAUCAGAUUGAAAGCAUCAGAAAAAUGGCAGAAGAUACCAAGACGAAAGGCUCACAGUUACAUGGGAAACUAGAGAAAGCUAAGAAUCAAACUGAAAUUGAUAGUGAGAAUGCAAAGGAGUUCAUCAGAAAAGUGAAAGACUUUUUGUUAGAUGAAAGUGCACCUCCAGAAGAUAUAGAGAAGGUUGCAAAGCAUGUUCUAGACGUAAACCUUCCAAGGACUCCACAAAAGCUAACAAAUAUGCUUGAUAAAAUCAGGAACCUUGUAACACACUGUGAGGACUAUGAAAUAAAUGUGAACAAGUUAAAUAACCAAAGGAAAGAUGCUCACAAACUUCUGGUGGAAGCAAAACAAGCUGAGGAAGCAGCAAAAGCUCUGCCACCUCUUGACGAAGUGAUAAAUAACCUGAAGGAAGCUGAAAGCACGAAAGGACAAACCAAAGACACCUUCGUAAGGUUAAAUGGAGAGAUACAAGAAAUUAAGACAAAAAUCUCACAGACUGAGAAUCAAGUGAAUAAGACAAGUGAUGAACUAAAGGACUUUUCAGAAAAACAGUCUGAGCUGGAAGAUGAAAUUGCUAUGCUGCAGAGGAAAAUGCUGAUGAAUGGGAACCAGGCUGCAAAUGCAAAAGCAGAUGCAGAACAGGCACAAAAGCAAGCUAUGGACACAGAUAAAGAAUUUGCAAACCUUAAGAGAAAAUACACCAUUCUGCAAGAAAAAGUAAAAAUAAAAGGGCUUCCAAGAGAAACAUUAGAGAAACUGAAGCAGCUGAAAGAAGCAGCAGAGAAACUGGCUGAAGAGACUGAAGAAAAAAUCAAAAGAAUAAAAGAUUUGGCAAAGAAGCUCCAAGAUCUGAAUCAGACUAAACAAGAUAAGACUGAUCAACUAAAGCAACUAGAAGAUCAAGUAAUAGCCAUAAAAAAUGACAUUACUGAGCAAGAAAACAAAUACGCUACAUGCAAAAGAGCAACUGUCCAGUUUGACGAGUCCACUUCAGACAGCUUUGAGAUGAAAAGCAGAGUGAAGCAAGGAUGUGUUCUUGCCCCUACACUCUUUGGAAUCUUCUUGGUACUCUUGAACUAUGCGUUUAAGGACAUGAAAGAUGGAGUGCAUCUCCACACAAGAUCAGAUGGGAAACUCUUCAACCUGUCCCGACUUAAGUCAAAGACCAAGUAA